UUAUGCUAUGAACACAUUGAGUACAUUAAUUACUUAUUGUUACAUCGGCGAGUGUCUUAUUCAGGAAAGUUUGAGCCUGAGCAAUGCAAUUUAUCGUUACGAGUGGUAUAACGUGUCACCUAUGAACUUAAAAAUGGUUAAUAUUUGUUUGAUGCGAAUGAAAAGACCAGAACAACUUACUUCCGGUAAAUUUUUCGUCCUAUCAUUGGCCUCCUUUACCGACAUUAUCAAAACUACGAUGGGAUAUCUGUCAUUAGUACGAACAUUUAUGUGAAGAAUUUCUUUUAAUCCAUUUAUUAUUAAGUUAAAUUUUUAGGUUAUAGACAAC